CCUUCGACAUGCUUUCCUUCUCCGUCCCGGGAACCUGCAAAUGAAGACGCAGAGAAAUCACUCCGUGGCUGAUUGAGUACAGAGGUGGUGCGAGUGGCCAUGGAGGUCCUGAGGGCCAGGGACAAGAAGGACCUGGGAGACAGACUACUCCAGACGGCGAGGACAGAGGAAAAGGCUGGUGCUUCCCAGAUGCAAACUGUCCACAUUGUUGAUGGGGGCCUGACCCCGCGGAAGCCAACGUGGGUGAGGCCGUCCCAAGCUGUGCUGGAGAACCCCAGCGUCUCCCCGAUUCGACUUAUUUUGAUCUCUUCCACUUUUUCGUUUAUUCCAAUCUACUCACUGGUGCUGCUGUAUUGGUCAUUCAGGGCCACAGACAGAACCCUCCACCUCCACCCGAUCCCCAAGAACCGUUCAGGAGAAAAGGCAAUUGAAGAACAUGAGAAGUGCCAGUCGAUUUCUGUGGACAAGCCUCCCCGCUUUGGAUCUCGUCAUGGUGUGCCACGUGUACCGGAGGCCAUGAUAAAUCCAGCUGAUUUGAAAUUUACCUACAUCGGACCUAAGAGGAAGCCCUACACCAGGCACAUGGAAGAGGGAACGCAGCUCAGCUUGACAAAGCAAAAAUACUUCACAAGUGAAAGAGAAAGGGAAUCUCUCUGGACUGCCUUUCUGAGAGCAGGGGACAUGGAACAUCCUGCAUCAGUGUCUGAUCCUCCCACUGGCAGAAGCACAGGGAAAACAACAAGAGAUUUCCUGGUAAAUACCUUGGAUGACUUGGGAGAGAGCGAGUUGAAGAACUUCAAGAGCAAACUGACCGACAUUGAUCUGAAGGAGGGAUAUGACCACAUACCUAAAGGGAAACUGGAGAAUGCAAAGUCUCUAGAGGUCACUGACCUCUUGAUUGGACACUACACAAUGGAUUAUGCAUUGGAGGUGACCACGACCGUGCUGGAAGCUAUCAACCGGAAAGACCUGGCAAGGAGAUUAAGAAGCGUAACAAGGACUCGUCAGGAAUCAGCCAAGGGCUGGCUCUGCCUCUCUGUACCUCAAGGGGGCGUGGAACAUCCUGCAUCAGUGUCCGAUCCUCCCUCCGGCAGAAGCAGAGGGAAAACAACAAGAGAUCUCCUGGUAAACACAUUGGAUGACUUGGGAGAGAGCGAGUUGAAGAACUUCAAGAGCAAACUGACCGACAUUGAUCUGAAGGAGGGAUACGACCACAUACCUAAAGGGAAACUGGAGAAUGCAAAGUCUACAGAAGUCACUGACCUCUUGAUCAGACACUACACAGUGGAUUAUGUGAUGGAGGUGACUACAAUAGUGCUGGAAGCCAUCAACCGGAAAGACCUGGCAAGGAGAUUAGGAAGCGUAACAGGGACUGGUGACGAAUCAGACUGUGCCUGGCCGUGCCUCCCUGUAUUUCAAGGUGUUUCCCACAAAUACCCAUAUUCACCACUGUUAUAUAGUUAUAAGUUUUGUACAAUGCAUGCCUUGCAAGAUAUUUUAAAAGUCUUUAUCUUUUGAACAUUAAUAUCCUGUUAGAUUGCAUAUGUUCUCAUUGUAUGUGAAGUUAGUGAAGUUUUGCUAUGUGUCUGUUACUGAAAUAUAGUGUGAGGUUGGGAACACCCCAACCAGCCUUUCAGGUAAAACAAUGGAGAAGCCAGACAGUGGUUAAUGAUUCAUCAACACCCAUCAAGGAAAGAAUCUACUAUCCCAGAAACUGUAGACAAUGGAGACUUCUCAAAGGGAUCAUGCAUACAAUGGAGACUGCUUGACCACUGAGGACUGUCUGUUCCCCAUGUCAUAGCAAAAGAUCUUUCCAGCAAGCUGGAAGAAACUAUAAAAGAGGGGAAGUGACAUGAUCACUUUCCCCGCUUCCUCCCAACUCAACACCUGGAGGAAUGUCUAGAGGACAAAGACGUUGAACUGAGGAAGGGUGGUCUCAGGCUGGAAAAGAGUCCCAGCCUGUGUAUUGAAGAUCUAUGACCAGCUUGUACCAUCCUUCAGGAUGAGACACUGCUUGAUUCAAAUCCUAUUUAGUUUGUGCGAAUAUAUUUUUAUUUUUAAGUAACCAACUUUGAUCUCUACACUUGCUACUUAUAAUCACUUAAAAUCUACCAUUUUAUAGUCA